AUGGUUGCUCAUCUCAUCACUCUUUCAACUACAUCGUCAACUCAAGUCUACCUCAACUCACCACCGCCACCGAACAUCAAUACCAUCACCUCCAUUGUACCACAAUAUUCACUGUUUUACGCCCCCCAAAUGGACACCCCACCACCACGAAACCAUUACACCACCCUCUCCCUCCCCCCCUCCCUCUUCUCCAGCGGCCUCACCCCCGAAGAGAUAAAACAAACCCUCAAGAAAUCCUAUCGCCGCGCCCUGCUGGCUCACCACCCGGAUAAAUCAACCACCUCCUCCCCAUCAGUGACGAUAGACGAAAUAACACUAGCCUACACUACCCUCUCCACCCCCUCCCUCCGCCAAGCCCACGAUCUAUCCCUCUCCUCCUCGGGUUCUGGCCCAGCAGCGCUAGGGAGACAUAAACUCCAAACCGGAAUCGAAACAAUCGACUUGGACGACCUCACUCAUCAUGAAGGGGAGGAGGAAGAUGAGUGGUACAAACCCUGCCGGUGCGGCAACCCCAAAGGCUUCCUAGUUUACGAAUCAGAUCUCGAAGAGGCGGCAAAUGGAGGGUUGGAAGAGGUUGUCGUCGGCUGUCAGGAUUGCAGUUUGUGGCUCAGGGUUGUCUUUGGUGUUGUUGUUCAAGAUCAAGAUCAGGAGGGGGAGACUCCAGAACAGAAAAAGGGGGAGACACCUGCUGCGGAGAGGGGGUGAUACUACGGAAUGGGCGGAAUAGACGGGUGGGCAAUUACCCAUUUGACACGCAGACAUAAUACAUCAUUCUCGAAAAGACAGAGAUUCUGCAACUCUGAUAAAACAAACUGGCUGGUCAUGCAAUGAUGCCUUUUCUUUGUACCCGAGUUUCCAAACUCUAUAGCUGGCAUUGUAUAGUUGGCGGUGAUGAGUAGGGCACCGGGUUAUACUUAACCUCAAGUACGUCUUUG